CACUAUAAAACCCCAAACCGCAUUUCCUUCCCUUCCAAUUUUUCCAAUCAAAAUUAAAAAAACAAAAUCUCCGAUCAGUCAAAUGCGACCGAUGCGAGGCGGAGGCCACGACCGGAUCAACACGUGUCUCCCCGACGAGCUCAUCGUCGAGGUCUUCCGGCGCCUCGACUCCAAGCCCAGCCACGACUCCUCCUCCCUCGUCUGCAAGCGCUGGCUCGCCCUCGAGCGCCGCAGCCGCACCAGCCUCCGUAUCGGCGCCACCGGUAACCCCGACCUCUUCGUCGACCUCCUCUCCCGCCGCUUCGUCAACGUCCGCCACGUCCACAUUGACGAGCGCCUCAACAUUUCUCUCCCCGUCCACCUCGGAAGCGCGGCGAGGUGGCGCGGCGGGAGCUCGUCGAGCUAUAAUAAGAGCGAGGAGGAUGGAGUUGAGACUAAUAGCUUAUCCGACGCCGGCAUGGUUGCGCUGGGCCAUGGCUUUCUGAAGCUCGAAAGGCUCAGCCUCGUCUGGUGCUCUAGUGUCUCCAGCGCCGGAUUGACUUCGCUUGCCGACAAGUGUAGGUUGCUCAAAUCAUUGGAUUUGCAGGGUUGCUAUGUGGGAGAUCAGGGAGUGGCGGCUGUGGGACAGUGUUGCAAGCAGCUCGAAGAUUUGAACUUGCGGUUUUGCGAGGGGUUGACGGACGUUUGUUUGGUAGAGCUGGCUAGUGGAGUUGGGAAGUCGUUAAAGUCGCUUGGCAUUGCGGCUUGUGUGAAGAUAACUGAUACUGCGUUGGAAGCGGUGAGGUUGCACUGCAAGUCGCUAGAGAGCAUGUCGUUGGAUGCAGAGUCCAUCCACAACAAAGGGGUGCUUGCUGUGGUUCAAGGAUGUCCUGGUUUGAAAGUUUUGAAGCUACAAUGCAUAAAUGUCACGGAUGAGGUUUUGAUAGCUGUGGGAAAUUGUUGUUCGUACGUGGAGAUUUUGGCUCUAUAUACCUUCCAGCGGUUUUCUGAUAAAGGGUUACAUGCUAUUGGGAAUGGAUGUAAGAAGUUAAAAAAUCUUACUCUAAGUGACUGCUACUUUCUAAGUGAUAAGGCUUUGGAAUCAAUUGCAAUUGGCUGCAAAGAACUCACACAUCUUGAAGUGAACGGGUGCCACAAUAUCGGAACUUUGGGUCUAGAAUCCAUAGGGAAAUCUUGCCCGCGUCUCACUGAAUUAGCAUUGUUGUACUGCCAAAGGAUAGGCAAAUUUGUACUUGCUGAGAUCGGAAAAGGCUGUAAGUUCUUGCAAGCUCUUCACUUGGUAGAUUGCUCAAGUAUUGGGGAUGAAGCCAUUUGCAGUAUUGCUAUGGGAUGCAGGAAUUUGAAGAAACUUCAUAUUCGUCGAUGUUAUGAGAUUGGAAACAAGGGUGUUGUAGCAAUUGGAGAGAACUGUAGGUCUUUAACCAACCUUAGCCUCCGAUUUUGUGACAGAGUGGGGGAUGAGGCCCUUAUUGCUGUUAGUCAGUGUAGCUCUCUACAAUAUCUGAAUGUCAGUGGCUGCCACCAAAUUGGCAAUGCUGGAUUGAUAGCUAUUGCAAGAGGUUGUGCGGAAAUCACUUACCUGGAUGUAAGUGUCCUGCAGAAUUUGGGGGAUUUGUCAUUGGCUGAAUUAGGUGAAGGCUGUCCAAACCUGAAGGAGAUUGUGCUGUCACAUUGCCGUCAAAUAACUGAUGUUGGUUUAAACCAUCUUGUCAAAAACUGCACAAUGCUCACAUCCUGUCACAUGGUUUAUUGCCAAGGUAUCACUUCUGCUGGGGUUGCCACUGUGGUUUCGAGCUGUCCCAACAUAAAAAAGGUCCUGGUUGAGAAGUGAAAGGUUAGCCAGAGGACCAAAAGGAGGGCCGGCUCCAUAAUAUCUUAUCUUUGUGUGGAACUAUGAAGUCCGCUUAAGAGUUAUAUAUGUACAUUCACUGGAUCUGAGUAAGCUUGCUUGGUUGUCUGUAUAAAUUAUAGUUCUUGUUUCCUUUUCCAUUUUCCCUUUCUUUUGGAUUUUCCUGUAAAUCAAAAUAAAUGUUUGGAAGUGUAAGAAUUAUCAGUUGGCAUGA